AUGGGGGAUGUGCAGAAGGGGCUGCUGUCGGUCAUCCAGAAGCUAAAGGGAUCCCCAGAGCAGGAGCUCCGCAUCGUCCUGCUGGGGCUGGACAACGCGGGGAAGACCACACUGCUGAAAUGCCUGGCAUCUGAGGAGGUCAGCACCAUCACACCCACCCAGGGCUUCAACAUAAAAAGUGUCCACUCGCAUGGCCUCAAGCUAAAUGUCUGGGAUAUCGGGGGGCAGCGCUCCAUCCGCCCAUACUGGAGGAAGUAUCUGGGCAGCACAGCCCUGCUGAUUUAUGUCAUUGACAGUGCAGACCAGAAGCGUUUUGAGGAGACAGGACAGGAGCUGGCAGAGGUCACUGAGGAGGAGGCCCUCACGGGGGUCCCGCUGCUGGUGUUUGCCAACAAGCAGGACCUAGUGACUGCUGCAGCCGCGGCUGAAAUCGCGGAAGGGCUGAGCCUCCACACCUACCGGGACCGGGAAUGGCAGAUCCAAGCCUGCUCAGCCUUGUCCGGGGAAGGAGUGCAGGUAGAGAUGGAGGACUGCAGGCUCUGCAGAGGUGGGAGAGGACCCAAGGACCUGCCAUGCUCUUGGGGCUGUGCUCACACAUCUCUCUUACUUCCAGGAUGGGAUGACCUGGAUUUCCAGCCAGAUCAUGAAUAGGAAGAAGUGAGAGCUGCAAGUGCCAGACGGGACUGAGCUGCA